AUGCCUCCAUCAAUACCCAGGCUGGUGCUUCAGGGCCAAAGGGUGAACGCCGUGUCACGUCUGAACUACUCCAGCCCGCUACUUACAAUACAAACCCGCCACACAUCAACUACGACGACGACAACAUCAUCAUCAACACAUCCAGACAUCCCUGAGACACGUACUUACUACGGCCCUAGGCGCAAACUGCCCGCAACCGAGCCCCUGCGCAUCCUUUUCUGUGGCUCAGACGAGUUCAGCUGCGCCUCGCUCAGGGCGCUGCACAACCUGCAAGCGGCCAAGCCCAAGCUCAUCAAGUCGAUCGACGUGCUCGUGCGGCCGGGCAAGCCGGCGGGGCGAGGGCUGCGGCGGAUCGCGACGGGGCCCUUGUUCGCGCUGGCCGAGGAGCUGGGGCUGGCGGUGCACAAGCGCGACACGUUCACGGGGUGGGAGCUGCCGCCGGCGGGCCACGUGCGGCACCACGAGACGGGCGAGGUGGUGCGGCACCGGGCGGCGCACGAGAACUCGCACCGCCAGCCCCUGAACCUGCUCGUGGCCGUCAGCUUCGGGCUGUUCGUGCCGCCGCGCGUGCUGCGCGCCCUGCGCUUCGGCGGGCUCAACGUCCACCCCUCCAUGCUGCCGGACCUGCGCGGGCCCGCGCCCCUGCAGCACGCCCUGCUGCGCGGCCGGGCCCACGCCGGCGUCACCCUGCAGACCCUGCACGAGAAGCACUUUGACCGCGGUGCCGUCCUCGCCCAGACGCCGUGGCCCGGCCUGCCCGUGCCCGAGGGCUGCGACGUGCGCCAGCUGCACGACAUGCUCGCCGCCAAGGGCGCCGAGAUCCUCGUCGACGGGCUGGAGCGCCGCGUCUUCGUUCCGCCGCUUGAGCCGGCGGGGUGGAUGCCCACGGAGGAGGAUCUGGCGAGGGGCCUCGUCGUGGACGCCCCCAAGGUGACGAAGUUGGACACUAAGGUAGACUGGGCCUGCUGGGGCUGGGGCGGCGACAAAACGCUGUACCCCGAUGGGUGGACCGCUGCAGACCUGGCGAGGAGGUUCCGCGCCGUCGGCGUCAAGCUUCCGGGCGAGGGGAAUACGGGCAUGUGGACACACGCCGUCACCGGGAAGUUCCACGACGAGAAAAGGCUCAUAUUCGAGGACGUCACGGCCGUCGAGUGCCCCGAGAGCCUACGAGAGCUGGUAUUAUCGAUCGCGCAGACCAAGUUGUCAGGGGCGCCACCAUGGCUUGUAGAGCAGAAGACGAAUCAACUGCUCCCAAAACAGCUCCAGAACACGGUCUUCGCACAGAAGGAUACCCUAGGUGUACAUGACACGGCUGAGUUCAGGCUGCCCUAUUUGGUGGACGGGUCCUCUAUCAUCAUACCCAUCAAGGUACCUUACCGUGUCGUCGACGGGUAUGUGAGUCCCGCGAAUGAAAAGGGGCAGCUAGACGCCAUCAGAAUCGAAAAAAUCAAGGUUGAGAGCAGGGACAGCAGGAUGGCCGCCCACGCUAUGUCCGAGUUCAAAGAACCCAACGUGACGGUAAGGGAUCUCUCAACACUUGACUACAGCAUGGAGAUCACUGCGAAACUCGUUGAGUAA